GAGGCGGGGCCGGACCGGGGUAGCGGCGGCGGCGGGAGGCAGACGGCAGCGCCAUGGCCAAGUGGGGCCAGGGGGACCCGCGCUGGAUCGUGGAGGAGCGAGCGGACGCCACCAACGUGAACAACUGGCACUGGACGGAGCGGGACGCGACCAGCUGGUCAAAAAGCAAACUGGAGCAGCUGCUGGUGGGGAUCGUGGUGGGUAAUGAGGCGGGCAGCUGUGAAAUAAGCGACCUGAAGCAAUUGGAAGGCGAAGCCUCCUGCAACAGCCGGAAAGGGAAACUGAUUUUCUUCUAUGAAUGGAACAUAAAACUUAGCUGGAAAGGGACAAAUCCUAGAGAAGGCUGAUGUGAACUGUGUGCUUGGGAAACUGUACACCGAUAUUGCAAUGCUGAAGGGUAGAGUGUUCAUUCCCAAAAUGUGGUAAUUAGCUCUCAGCCAGAUUUCAACCACUACUGCAAGAGAUGGGAGUAGUAGUGAAUGCAGCCUAUUUCCCUCUCACUCUCCCUGCUCCAAAGUGGGAUUGUGGUUCAGUGCCGUGAAUAGUCCUGCUUUCCACUCCUGUGGACUGUCUGCAUUUUUUUCCUCCCCUCUCCAUUUAGCUGAUGAGAUAUUUCAUGGAGUUCCUUCCAGUGCUGUGCACAUGCCAUGCCGAGUCCUGCUGUCCAGUUUUCCUGCAGCUUGGCUACCUGACACUAUAAAAUGCAAUGUUUACACUGCUUUUAUCUCCCACUUAAGGAGGACCAGGAUUGGGGCUUACUCUCCCACUAACACACUAGUUACACUCAGGAAAUUCAAGACAAGGACAUGCAAAGCACCUUAUUUUUGUUUCUAUUCUGUU